AUGGAACCCCCUAUCAAUCAUGCUUUCAAACUCAACACUGAUGGUUUCUGCCUUGGGAAUCUCGGGAAAGGUAGAAUAGGUGGGAUAGUUAGGUCUUCCAACGAGGGCUGGGUAAUGGGCUUCAGCAGAAGCUUCCAUAACACCACCAAUAACAUGAUGAAACUUUUUGCCCUCAUUGAAGGCAUCAAAAUGGUUGAAGUAAAUAAUAUUCUCCCCUUUGAAAUCAAUGUAGACUCUCUGAAAAUUAUCUCUAUGUUAUCUAAUAGUAACCUUCACUAUGAUGCUUUGAUUCUGGACUGCAGAUUAAGACUAAAAAGGCUAGAAAAUCCGAAAGUCGGCCAUUGCUAUAGAGAUCAGAAUGGGGUGGCAGAUGCUUUAGCGAAGGAGGGUGCAAGAACAUGCAGAUUCAAUGAAAUAACCUUUUUUGAAGUUCCACCAGUGUAUGCAAAAAAUGCAGUUUGGGCAGACAUCUCGGGAGGGGGUUGUAAUUUAACUAGUUGUUUCUUUUAA